AUGGCUUGUAUAGUUCAUAAUUCACGCUAUCGUUGUUUAUUUCAUGGUGUUGUUAAUGAACUUCGAAAUGAAAAACGUAUUCCUGUAACUAUAUUACGAAAUAUGCCUCGUCAAUGUUGUACAUGUAACAAUCUUGACAAUCAAACACUAAUAAGUGUUGUUAUUGAUGAUACAGAAAAAUUAAUCAGUUUAAAGAAUCUUAUUGAUAAAAUCAAUCGAGAUAAAAAAGACAAUCCUAAACUUAUAUUACCAUUAAAUCGAUUAGAAAAUUUUAUUCAAGAAAAUCGGGUUUUAGCUUCAAAUUUAUUAUCAACGUCAAUAAUUGAUAAUGAAACUAAUAAAUCUCAUAAUUCCUUAUCCGAAUCCCAAGAAAAUUUGUCAAUUGAUACUGGAAGACGAAAGUUUAGAAAACAAAUUAAACCACCAAAACCACUUCAAAAUGGAAGAUUUCUAUUUUUACCCUAUAAAUUUGAAACUCAACCAAGGAUCGAUGUAGAAAGUGAAGUUGUAAAAAAGUUACAACGUGGUCGAUUUAUUGGUCGAAAUGGUUAUAUUGCAUCAUUAGAAGAAAAAUAUAAUGUUUAUAUUAAUAUGAUAACACCCGAAACAACUGCACAAAUUAGAAAAACACUUGAAAAUGCGAAAGCAGGAAAAGAAACUGUAACAAUUCAUAAUCGAAUAGAUCUAUCAGAGGGAGAAGAUGGUGAAUGGAUAUUAGUUCGACCAAAAAAAUGUGAAAAACAAGCAAACACAAUUGAUUUUGAAGCAUUACUAGAUGAAUUAACAAAUCGAUGGAAAAAUUUCCCAAUAAAACGAGAGCACAAAAAUGAAAUGGAGAGUGAAGAGGAAUAUAAAAAGGAACAUGAAGAGUCUUCAAAUAAAGAAUAA